AUGGCACCCAUGAGCACUGCAAGAAUUGAAAAAUUGAUAGCUCAACGCCUAGCCGAAGCAUUGGCAUCUGCAGAAGCCGCUAGAGAGAUCGGAUCAGGAAGUCAAAAUGGAACCGGUAGCACUCCCGCAAGACUCAACAAUGGGCAGGAGAGUUUUACUUUCAGAGAUUUUCAAUAUUGCAAGCCACAAAGUUUCCAUGGAAUAGAAGGUACAGUAGGUCUGCUCAGGUGGUUUGAGAAAAUGGAAACGGUGUUUCGCAUAAGCAACUGUGCAAAUGGCAACAGAGUUAAGUAUGCUACUGGUACUCUACUAGACAGUGCUCUGACCUGGUGGAACACUUAUGCGCAAACUGUGGGACUUGAUACUGCUUAUGAAACACCGUGGGUGGAUUUAAAGAGAAUGAUGACUGAGGAGUAUUGCCCUCGAACAGAAAUCCAAAAGUUGGAAGUAGAAUUUUGGAACCUCAAGGUAAAGGGUACAAACUUGUAG